UAGGAGCAUUGCAUAUUGAACAAUAGGGUGAAUAUAUAUGUAUUGCUUACCUUGGGUUCUGACUCACGUUUGAAUUUCCGCUGUAAUGACUACGUUUGCAACGCGUUUGUGUGGUUAUUCUGUAGUUGGUGAUACUUACAAGACCGCACUAGAUGUUUACAACUGGGUCAAGAAAAAAGAGUCUGUAGGCCCAAUUAUACAAACAGCUGAAGAUAAAGCUAUUUCUGUGAUCAAACCAAUUGUUGAAAGCGGAAUUGUCCAAAAGAUCGAUGAUAUGGCUUGUCAACAUGUUCUGGAUCGUGCUGAAGCAGCGUGCGCACAGAUUAAGAACACUUCAAAUGAAUGUAUAAUUCUACCCACUGCAAGCCGUGCCCUGAAUAUUGCUGAGGCUUGUGCUAAUCUGUAUCUUCCGAAAGAUGAUGAUCCAAAGUUCUCUAUAGGAGGUGAUGCUACACCAACAGAACGACUCGUGCGUCUACAACAUAGAGCAUCAAUACAUGCUGUUACAUUAAUUCAUUCAACAGUUGAUCGUGCUAAUUCACUUCUGUCUACGCUUGCGACUUACGGAAGUAACCUAAAUCAAACAGUUUCAAAGGCUACCAUUAGAAAUACUCUUUCACAAGCUAUUGCUUUGUAUGAAUUAGCUUACUCUACUGCUAAGGCUGUAAGCCUUCCUAUAGUUGCACGUUGUAUUACUGUUAUUCUCGAGAAUGUUCGGAAACUUGAGGAUCAAAUUAAAGAGUCAAAAGGAAUAAACUGGAUGGAUUUGAAAAGACUAGUGACGCUCCUUGAACACAUGAAAGAACGUUUAGAUGUACAAGAACCAGUUACAGAAAUCGAACUUGAACCGAUCACUGAGAAGCCAACAUUUUCUCUCAGAAUGUUCAAUGUAUACUUCAUAGUCGUAAUUUUCGUUGUCACAUGGAGUGAAUCGUCGUAUUGAAUGAGAACACAGGUGAGGAACAAUUGAAUGAAUCGUGUACACCAAAUUACAACACAUCUUAAUAAAAUCUGAGAUCCAUACAGUAAAUAUUUAAUUUCCAAAAUAUCGAUCAAUCGCCUCAAACUUAACCGUUCCUUUUAAAAAAUAUCAGUCAAUUGUCUCAAACUUCAUUGUUCCUGCAUUUUCAUACCAAUUACUUUGUGUUCUCGACCAUCUGCUGACAGACAUUCUAAUUCUGACUAUCGUAAUAUACUAUUUAUGUCGAUAUAAGUAGCACACAACACACUUUCAAG